AUGCUGCACCAGCAGGAUGAGCAGCAUCAGAGCGACUACAGUGAAUUAGAGCAGCAGCAACUGGAGCUGCAGGGUGAGGUGCCGAGCGUGGAGAACCGGCUGCAGCAUGUCCAGGUCCAGGUGGGCUGGCUGGAAAAAACCGAUGUCUUCGGUGCCUCGUUUAAGAUCUGGCACAACGGCCCCUUAGGCAUCAUCAAUGACUAAUUGGGCUGCCUCCUCACCAUCCCCAUGCCCUGGAACGAGAUUAAUGCAGCCUGGGGACAGACUGCCUUGCUGCUCUUUGCCCUGUCCAGGACGAUUGGCCUGGAGUUUCAGAGGUACCAGCUGGUCCCCUGUGGAAACCAUUCCUAUCUGAGGUCUUUAGCAGAUGACCUUAUUGAGCUGCCCCUGUUCUGCAAGGAAGGGCAGAGUUCUUUCUUGUAUAACAAAUUUGACCGGGCAAUGACGGCUUUCCUGAACUGCAUGCAGCAGUUCAAGGAAGAUGCCGAGAAAGGUGAGUUGGGACUCUGCCUGCCCUACAGGAUUCACGUGGACAAAGGCCUGAUGGAGGAACCUGGAAGUGAGGGAUUCUACUCCAUCAGGACCCACCUGAAUGUGGACGAGCAGUGGACCAAGGCACUCAAGCUCAUGCUUACAAAUUUCAAGUGGAGUCUUGCCUGGGUCUCCUUAAGGUGCCAUCAAAAAACUUUUCUAAGAGGACAAGGGAGAUUAACAGCUAAACUGUGA